AUGAAGCUGAACGUGGCUACCAUCUCGGCUCUGGCCACUGUGGCCUCGGCUCUUCCUCAGAGACGCAACAGUGAAACCUGGGGACAGAUUCGCUCCAACAUCAAACAUGUCGUCUACCUGAUGAUGGAGAACCAUUCGUUCGACAACAUUGCGGGCUACUGGGACUUUCACCCCGACAUUGACAACCUGCGCAACAUCAGCUACUGCAACGAAUACACCAACCCCAAUUGGACGGUCUGGGAUGAGCCUCUCAACGUGUGCGCUGGGCCGUUUGAGACCGAGGUGCCCUUGACCGAUCCGGAUCACAACUUCGCCGGCACCACCUACGAGAUCUUUCGCACGUGGUAUCCCAACAAGACCGAUGUUCCCAACAUGGGAGGCUUCAUCGAGCGCCAGUCGGAAAAGUACGAGGCCAGCCCGGGCGAGGCCAGCUUUGUGAUCAAGGCGUAUGACGAGAAGAAGACGGCGACUCUGAUUGAGGUUGCGAAGAACUUUGCGUUCUGGGAUAGCUACUUUGCGGAACAUCCUGGUCCUACCAACACCAACCGCCAAUUUGCUACCUCGGGCUCGACCUGCGGUUUCGUGGACAACACCUACCAAUCUGCCGGAUGGUAUGCGAACUACACCGGUACGACCUGUGCCACGUCGAUCUUUGAGUCACUCAGCAACAAGAACAUCACCUGGAAGAACUACUAUGAGACGGACAUUGUCGAUGCCUACAUGUACAAGUGGGUGCAAGACAACGCCAUGGACCGUCUAGUCCACUCCGACCAAUUCUACCGUGAUCUUGAAGAAGGCACACUCCCUCAGUUCUCAUACUACAACCCGGAAUGCUGCACCAUCGACUCGAUGCACCCGACCAGCAACAUGGCCUCGGGCGAGCAGCUAAUCAAGCAUCUGUACGAUGCGGUGCGCAAGUCGAAGUACUGGGAUAACAUUCUGAUCAUUCUCAACUUUGACGAGCACGGUGGUUUCGCCGACCACGUCCCUACACCUAUCAAUGUUCCCCAGCCAGAGGACGGCAUCACCUUCUCUGGUCUAUCGGACGGCCACAACGUGACCUACGACUUUACUCGUCUUGGUAUUCGGGUACCCGCAUUCAUCAUCUCGCCAUACGUACCGGCCAACCACCUGAUCCACGACCAGGGCACCAUGUACGCCAACAACUCGGAAUACACGCACACGUCGAUCCUGCACUUUCUGCAGGAACUGUGGGAACUGGACGGAUUGAACAACCGGGUGCAGUGGGCCAAGACGUUCGAGCAUGUGUUUACGAAUGAGAAGCGAGAGGACACGCCGGAGAAGUUGACCACGCCGACUUGGUAUGGCAGCAGCUGGGAACCGAAGCCGGAUCCGUUCUACAAGCUGAACCAGGAUUACGACUAUUACGAGAAUCUGGACUGA